AUGACAAGUUCACUUGGGCCAUAUCGUAUUCCCCAGCUCGAAGGCGGGCACCGUCCAGGUUCCGACGCAAUCUUCAACUCGCGCAGCAAAGAAGAUAUCCUUACAACUCUUCAAAAGUGGAAGUCCAAUCGCAUUCUGCUCGUUCACAGCAAAGCUCUCGCCAACAACACUACCAUCAUCAACGACCUCAAGGAAGCCCUUGGCGAUAGACUCAUCUCCGCCAAGGAGGGUGUCGGCUCACACUCUCCAUACAAAGAUGUUAUCGACAUCGCCCACAGAAUCACUGGGGAAAACAUAGACUGUGUUAUUUGCGUCGGUAGCGGUUCAUAUUCUGACGCCUGCAAAGUUGCACGACUAAUGUCAGCAACCCUACCCCAGGGCUUCGAAGAGAAAGACAUGGAGGCCCUUCUCGACCAAGAAAAAGGCGUCGCGCCUCAGGAUAAGAUGAAGAGAGCUGAAGGAGUAAAGCUUAUACUGGUGCCCACGAGUUUGUCCGCCGGAGAGUGGAACCAUACGGCAAGCUGCACCAACAGCGCUGGCAAGAAGCAGCAUUUCACUCUCAAAGAUGGCGGUGCACCGGACUUGAUCUUGAUGGAUCCAUGGAUUGCGAGGACCGCACCUGAGAGACUCUGGCUGAGCUCGGGUAUACGUGCAGUGGACCAUUGCAUCGAAACGCUUUGCAACCCAGAGUGUGCAAAGCACCCCGAUGUUCAGGAGUGGUGCGAGCAAGCCCUGCGCGAUUUAUCGAAGGGUCUUGUUGAGUACAAGGAGGGUGUCAAUCGUGGAGAAGAAGGCAAAGAUGAGCUCAUCCACGGCAUCAGCAAAUGUCAAGCAGGAAGUCGAAUGGCUCUCAUGGGCUUUAUUGUCUACCGCGUCAACAUGGGUGCCAGCCACGCCAUCGGCCAUCAAUUGGGCAGCGUGGGAAAAGUGAUGCAUGGCAUCACGAGCUGCAUUAUGCUCCCUGCUGUACUACGUUAUACCAAAGACAAGAAUCCAGAAGCACAGGCAAGAAUCGUCAAGAUAUUUAAUGAGACAUUGGGAUGGAACGAGACUGAGGCGGGAGACUGUGUUGCGCGGUUGGUCAAGAUUGUUGACUUGCCGUGUACCAUGAAGGAGGUUGGAGUUACACAGGACGAGCAGAUUGAACAGAUCAUCGACAAGACCAUGACAGAUGUUAUGUUUUCGUUUGGGAAGAUCCUGUCAAGAGAUGAGGUCUCGAAGAUUGUGUACUCUGCUAAAUAG